GCUGGAGUGAAGAUGGCGUCGGGAGGGAGCGGCGGCGGCGGCGGCGGUUCCGGUUUCCCCUGCCGGCUCCUCCUGGCCUUCCUGGCCGGGCUGCUCUCCGGGGGCCCCGCGCAGGCCCGGCUCCACCAUCUCACCCUCAGGGAUGAUCUGAGGCAGAAAGUCCACCUCAACACAUUUGGCUUCUUCCGGAAUGGGUUCAUGAGAGUCACCGUCAACAGCCUCUCGGUCCAAUCCGUGGGGGAGAGUGACAAAGACAUUCAGGUGGGCUUCAGCUUAGAUCGAACGCAGAACGAUGGAUUUCCCACUUACCUGAACGAAAAAGUGGAUUACUGCAUCUUGAAUCAAAAGCCAAGCCAUGAAGUCUUGGCUAUCAUUCUGCUCCUGGAUUUCUCAGAGAAGCUGGUCAAAGUCAAGUUCGAAAACAAAACCCCACAGUUGCCUGACAUUAUCUUCAGCGAAUCCCAAGCAACUGGUCCUCCAGGAAUUACCGAGAAAUCUGAACCAAAGCAGGUGCCUAAGGACAACACGACGGAAGUCCAGGUGCCUGCUGUGAGAACACACCCAAUGCAAAGCGGGAACAAUAGUUUUUCAUUCCAGUUCAGCAUCAAUUCAAAAGAACAAGAAGGACUUUAUAGUCUUUAUUUCCACAAGUGCAUACUGGGAAACGUGCAGAUUGAACAAGUCCCCUUCAGCUUGGACAUUGCCAUCACCGAGCAUAAUCCAAACAGCUACCUCUCCGCUGGAGAAAUCCCGCUUCCCAAACUCUACAUUUCCAUGGCGUUUUUCUUCUUUGUGGCCGGGGUCGUGUGGGUCCACACCCUUCGGAAGCUCAGGGCUGACGUUUUUAAGAUCCAUUGGUUAAUGGCUUUGCUUCCUUUCACCAAAUCCCUUUCUUUAGUCUUCCAUGCGAUCGAUUACCACUAUAUCUCCACACAGGGCUACCCCAUCGAGGGCUGGGCUGUGGUCUAUUAUAUCACACACCUGUUAAAAGGAGCCCUGCUGUUCAUCACCAUAGCUCUCAUUGGCACAGGCUGGGCUUUUAUUAAGCACAUCCUCUCCGAUAAGGACAAGAAGAUUUUCAUGAUUGUCAUCCCGUUGCAGGUCUUGGCAAACGUGGCCUUCAUCAUCAUGGAAUCCACAGAAGAAGGCACCACGGAAUACGGGCUGUGGCGAGAGAUCCUGUUCUUGGUGGAUCUCCUUUGCUGCGGGGCCAUCCUGUUCCCCGUGGUAUGGUUGAUCCGACACUUACAGGAAGCUUCUGCCACCGAUGGGAAAGCAGCUGCCAUUAACUUAGCAAAAUUGAAGCUCUUCAGACACUAUUAUGUCAUGAUCGUCUGUUACAUUUACUUCACCCGCAUCAUCGCCAUCCUCAUCAAGAUUGCAGUUCCAUUCCAGUGGAAGUGGCUUUACCAGCUGCUGCACGAAAUGGCAACCCUGGUCUUCUUUGUCCUCACUGGCUAUAAGUUCAGGCCGGCCUCCGACAACCCUUAUCUGCAGCUUUCUCAGGAAGACGAUAGUUUGGACAUGGAAUCUGUGGUGACCACCUCGGGCGUGAUGGAGGGUAUGAAGAAAGUCAAGAAAACAGCCAACGGCUCAGCGGAGCCCCACGGCGAGAGAGAAAGUGCAGCGUGAUGGACUUGGCCUCCUCCUCCUCCUCCUCCUCCUCUCCUUUCCUCCUCAGCACACACCUCUCUUCUUCUCCACACCCCACUUAGGACAAGGCAGCACUUUUUCCAGAGAACUGUAAUUUAUUGAUCCUUGGCUUCCUUCCCUCGAUGGCACAGAAGCAAAGAGACGACCUUCUCAGUGUAAAAAGAGGAAAAA